AUGUAAAAUUCUCUUCUCUAAAUAAUAAUAGAAGAAGAAAAAGAUCUUUUAGAUUUAAAGAUAUAUGAAAAAUUUCCAUAUUUAAGAGAAGAAAAAUAAAAAUUUAUCGAAUAAGCUCAAAAUAUCUGCUAUGAAUAUGCUAAUAGUGCAUUUGAAGAGGAAAAAAUUUAAUAUUAGAGUGAUUUUCCUAACUUAUUAAGUCUAGAAAAAAAUAUAUUUUAGUAAAGUAAGUAAGCUAAUAGUUCAUUAUACAAAAAUUUGGCUUAAUCAAAUAAAAAUUUUGAUAGUGCAUCUGAAAAUGCAAAUGAUAAAAACCUUAAUCUUUAGUCAUAAAAAUUUGAAGAUUUAACUAAUUAAUAUGCAAAUGGAACUUAUGAGAAUGAAUAUUCUUAAUAUUCUAUAUAGAAUCCAUAAAUAUAAAACUAUUAAGAUUCACCAAAAAAUGAACUUAUUAAAAAGUCACAAAGAUUACCAAAAACCUCUUUAAAUAAAAUGGAACAAGGAUUUUUUAGUUAGUUAUAAGAAAUUGUCUUUUAUAAAUUCAAAGAUUUGUUAAUCUCAAAUUAGAAUUCUCAGUUUUAUGGAUUGGAUGAUAGUAUAAUUGAAUUAAAUGAGAUAAAAUUAGAAGGUGAUGGUAGAAUUAUUUACUAAAAUAAAUAGGAUUUGAAAACAGUUACUUUUUUAAUAUCUGGAUAUUUAACUUAGGAUUUCUCAGCCUAAGAAAAUUUUUAAGUAUUAAUAAGUACUAAGAACAAAGAAUGUUAAGACAAUUUGUUUAUUUUUUUCAAAUGGUCUGAUAGCAGACUUUACAAAAUUUUAGAUAAAUUUUUAAAUAAUUGUAUAAACAAUUAUGAACCUUAAAUUUAUCAAGAUUAUUUGAAAGAAUUGAUAGACAGCAGUUUAUAAGAACAUUUUAAUUAAAUUGUGAUAAAAAGUAUUUAUUGGUUAAUAUAAUUACUUGACAAAUGCGUGAAGUUAGCUGGACCUUCCUUAUUUUAAAAUUAAAUUAAAAAAUUUAAAACUGCACUUGAUUCAAUAAUUGAAGACUUCUAAGCAACUUAUGAGUAGGCAAAAAUUGGUGGCGCGAUUUUAGCUGAAAGUAUAAACAAUCAAAAUUUGAUGGGAAGUUUAAAUAUAGAUUUUAUGGGAUACAGUUUAGGAACUGUAGUCACUGCUUAUGCGUUGAAGAAUUUAUCAAUAACUGCUAGAUAUUUAAUGCUUUUUGGAGGAGCUGCAACAAUAGAAGAAAUUGAAGACUCCUAGCAAAAGUUUUAAAAGUGUUAUAAUUUCUAUUCUGAUAAUGAUUCUAAUUUUAUGAUCUUGCAAUGGCAUAAUUUGAUUAGCCUUUUAAUAGUAUAGAUUAACUUAAGAAACCAAAUAUAAUGA